AUGUCUGAGGUUGACCCAAAAGAGACACUGCCGCUCAACCCAUCGGGCAAGGAAUCCUACGAUUCGCUGCAUAACGAUAUACAAAGAUAUUCACCACAACGUAGCAAUAAAGGUUCUGCUUCAACCACUAAUUUGUUGCACCAUGCUAAACACUCAUCGUCAUCCCUUACAUCUGUGGCCGCAAGUUCCCCGCCACGUCCACCAUCUGCACCACCAAUUGCGCCGCCCGGAUCUACCAAUUUACGUCGACCACCGUCAGGUAAUGCAUUGAGCAAUUUACCCAACUCAGGUUAUACAGAGUUUGGUGAAUUCGGUUGCCCCAAACGUCGAUAUUCUCUAUCUGUUAACGAAUUUGGAAAACUUAGUCCUGAACGACCAUUGUAUCAUCGACUUUUAUCGAGUCACCACUCAGUAACUAAUCCUGCGUCUCCAUUUGAAACUUCACUCAUCAACACCAACAAAAGUACUUCUCAAUUAGCACACACAUUCUUUUCACAUCAAGAUGCAAGUACAAGCUCAUUCAUUCCUGAUAGUGCGCUUUUCGAGCGUCGAAGAAUGAGUAUUAUUGAUAUUGUCAACAACUUGAGACCCUCGCGAUUAAUUGGGAACAUGAAACCUCUUUACAAUUGGUAUGCCUCGUAUAACGAUGACACUGACAAUAUAAAAAACAAAGCGAUAAGAAAAUAUUAUGAGGAGCAAAACUUUUUGAUAACAAAGUACCAGGAGAUUGACAAUUUUUUGGAUGCUGGGAAAAUACAUUAUAACAUGUUGAGCAAUUACAGCAAUGAUGGUUCCAAUAAAGUGGCUUUGGAUAACAUAGAGGAAAUGGACGAAACAUUGAAAAUCAAGAGUAAGAAUGGCAGUGUUGACAACCCCAAGGCCAAAACUAGGCAAACUUCUUUAGCAGCAGAUCAGCCUAAUGGCACCGACCACAGGCAAAAUGGGCCUGUCUCUACUUCUGGCAACGGGAAUGGCAUUGGCAAUGGCAACGUUGCUGGUGCUGGUGCUGGUGCUGGUGCUGGUGCGGUUUUGGGAGCAGAGAUGAUUGAAAACAUGACAUCUCCAGAUGAUUUGGAACUGGGCCCCAAAGAACCAUCACUCUCCAAAUACACCAGAUUUUAUGACGUUCCUGGUAAUGUUGAUAAUGAUGGUGGCAAGUUUCUUGGGUUCAACCAUGAAGAGGAUGGCGCACAAGUUUUGAAAGCCAUUUUGGUUAAUUUUUUUAUUAAUGUGGUUUUGCUCAUUGGUAAAGUUAUUGUUGCUUUGCUCACCAGCUCGUUAUCUGUAGCUGCUUCAUUAGUUGACUCGAUCCUUGAUUUCCUUUCGACAUUUAUUAUUUAUAUUGUCAAUAGACUUGCAUCUCAAAACGAUUGGAAAGUCGAGCACUCUUAUCCUGUCGGUAGGUCAAGAUUAGAACCAUUGGGGGUGCUCAUUUUCUCUAUAAUCAUUAUUAUUUCCUUUUUCCAAGUUGGACAGGAAUCAUUCAAGCGUUUGUUCUUUAGUACGCCUGAGCAACGCGUUGCCGCUACUAUCGGGCCGGAUGCUGUUGCCAUCAUGGGGAUCACCAUUGUGGCCAAGCUUGGAUGCUGGAUAUGGUGUUCAAAAAGCCAGUCGUCAUCAGUACAAGCUUUGGCACAAGAUGCAAUGACCGAUGUUGUUUUCAACACAGUAUCGCUUUUAAUGCCGUGGUUGGGUCAUCUAUGGGAUAUUUGGUGGUUUGAUCCUCUUGGCGCAUUGCUCUUAUCUGUGUAUAUAAUAUUCAAUUGGGGCAAAACUGCAUUUGAGCAUAUAAACAACCUCACUGGUGCUGUUGCAGAUCCAUUGGAAUAUAAAGUGGUGCUAUAUAUGGCGCUUCGUUUUGCAGAGCCCAUUAAACAAAUUACAGCUUUAAAAGUGUACCAUGUCGGCGAUAACCUAAAUGUGGAAAUUGAUGUGGUGUUUGCCAAUGACAAAUUCAACCUCACAUUUAAAGACUGUCAUGAUAUUGCCGAGGCAUUGCAGUAUAGUAUCGAAAGUUUACCUAUGGUGGAAAGAGCAUUCGUUCAUAUCGAUUACAUGGAGGGAAACUUCAAGGGCCAUUUAAAGUAA